AUAUCCUAUAUUUUUGGAGUUUAUCGUAACGGUUUUUAAAGAUGGAACUUUCUUUGGACAAGCAGAUGCGUAGGCUUGGCCACUACGAUGCUGAGGUUCCUUACCGUCGUUUCAACACUUCGUUGAAUGACUGUCAGCCUGAUGUUUUCAUUGCUGCUUUCGCUCAGCAGAUGGAGUUGAAGAAUUACAUUGACCCUCCCAAGUGGAUUGACUAUGUUAAGACAAGUUGUGCUAAGGAAUUGGCCCCUCAGGAUCCCAAGUGGUUUUACAUUCGCAGUGCCGCUAUUUUGCGUCAUUUGUACUUCCACCCUGAUGAGGGUAUUGGUCGUUUGAGGCGUGUAUAUGCAUCUCGCAAGAGGCGUGGUUGUGCUCCUAAUCACACUUGCCCGGCUUCAGGCAAGAUUAUUAGGACGAUCGUUCAGCAGUUGGAGGCCAAUGGUUUCCUUGAGAAGAGCAAGGACAACAAGGGUCGUCGUCUAUCGCGCCGUGGUUGCAACAUUGUCAACGAAUUUGCCCGUCAUUUGACUCGCAGUUUGUUGGAGAAGGAGAGCGCAUGAUCUCAUUGCA